AUCAUAGGAGAUUCUGAAAAUCAAAUAAAGCAGCUAAUGAGAUGUCUUACUAUGAAUGUGGUGGGGUGGGUCUUAGACAGAAGAAGAGUGUUUGAAUUUGGCAAGAGAAGGACAGAGUGACAGGAAAGAGCAGGGACAACAGAACAUCAGGUAGGAAUUGGAAAACCAUUUGGUUUUAUGCUUUCAUUGUCUGAAUGAGAAGAAAUGUCCCCAGAGGUAAAUUGACUUUUCAAUGCCACAUAAGACUUAGUCCAUAGAGGCUGAGUUAGAGAAAGAUGAACAGAAUGAAGGCUGGUAACAAGGGGAAAAGUUGAAAGUCAGAAGUGGAGGAAAUGAGAAGCUGAACCAGUGCCUAGAGUUUAGGGAAGGAACACUUUUUUUUUUUUGUUUUGUUCUGUUGGUAGAACAAGGAAGUCAGAAUAGAGGUAGUAUGAAGUUUUAUUUCAAACAGAAGCCAAAGACAACCUUUCCUGAGAAAGAAAGAACAUCUGUAACUGAAAUGCUGCUUCUGCAAAUUCCAUUGCUAGCUGUUCUCCUCGCAGCUGGUGACAAUGAAGAUGCCUUCCAGGAGGAGAUCUCCUUCAAAAUUAUCCACAGCUCAUCCUUCUACAACCGUUCCUUGGUGAAAAGUCAAAACUCUGCUUGGUUGGAUGACUUGCAGACUCAUGGCUGGGACAGCAACUCUGGAAGAAUUAUUUUUCUGCGACCUUGGUCCAAGGGCAACUUUAGCAAGGAAGAGAUGAAAGAACUGGAAAAGUUUUUCCAUCUGUUGUUCUUUGACGUGCCUCUAAUAAUUCAAAGGCAUGCCAGUCAAUGGAAGUUUACAUAUCCCUUUGAGACUCAGAUAACAGGAGGCUGUGAGCUGCACCCUGGAGGAGCCAUAGUAGACUUCAGUCAAUUAGCUUAUCAAGGAUCAGAGCUCAUGUACUUCCAGGACAGUUCCUGGCUGCCAUCUGUAAAGAAUGAAAUCAGAGCUGAGACUGUAAGCAGACAUUUCAGUCAGUACCAUGUCUCCAACAAAAUAAUACGGAGGCUGCUCAGUGACACCUGCCCACGUUUCCUCUUGAGCAUCCUUGAUGCGGGGAAGGCAGAUCUCCAGAGAGAAGUGAAACCAGAGGCCUGGCUGUCCACUGGCCCCAAUCCCGGUCCUGACCGCCAGAUGCUGGUUUGCCAUGUCUCUGGCUUCCAUCCAAAGCCAAUUUGGGUCAAGUGGAUGCGAGGUGAACAGGUACAGCAGCGCACUCAACAGAGUGCCAUCUUGCCCAAUGCUGAUGGGACAUGGUACCUUCAGGUUUUCUUGGAGGUGGAAGCCACUGAGACAUCUGGCCUAUAUUGCCGGGUGAGACAUAGCAGCCUGGGAGGCCAGGACAUCCUCCUCUACUUGGAACACCAUCACAGCUCCAAGGGCUGGAUCAUCUUGGCAGUGAUGGUGCCCCUGGUGCUCCUGACAGCUCUUGCAUUUUGGCUUAGGAAGCGCUGGUCACACUGUGAGCCUCCUGCCAGGCUUCUUCCUUUGGAGUGAGAUGCCAGCAGCCCUGGGUUCCAGACAUAUUUAAACGCAGCAUGGCGACAAUGUCUGCUCAGCUCUCCAUGUACAACUUCGGUUGUUUAUGUUUUGUUAUUUUUAUAUUUAAUGAUCUGUUAUUAAUAUAAGCUCAAGGUAAUCUUGCAGGACUUGCUUUCUGACCUGGCUCAGAGAUAAAAACUCUUAUUUUAACCUGGAUAAAAUGAGAUCCUAGCCACGGCUACAUAUUGAAAAAUUGACGAAUCUCAGGCCCAUUUCGGCUGUCACUUCUUUUUGAGGAUCUUCCUUGAUUCACAA